AUGUCAAGUCGGAAGCGAGCCCACGAUAGUAUCAGCCCGGACACGAACGAUGACGCACAUCUCUUCCAACACAAUUCAGGAGAUGACAAGCUGGCUCAUGAAUUAGAGCAAGAACGACAGAAGAUCCUUGCUGCUGUCGAGCAACGUUCAAGUUCGUCUGUACGCAAAACCCAAGCUAUCUCAGAUACGAGCGAUCGUGCAGAGCGCAGUGACCACAGUGUAGAUCCAGAAAUGUACGAUCGAGAUGACUCCAACGACAACGACCAUGCUCCCGAAGACGACGACGACGACUCACAAGACGAGUGGCAACCGCCACAGCCCGCACCCAAAUCCACCUUAAGGCGGUCUCAACGCGGGCAAAGACAUUCCAGCUCCGAUGACAGUGAUGAUGCAGUCCAUUCGGGUUUGCCGGCGGAAAAUUUAGAGCCUCUCACCAAGAAACUGAAAAAGACGGUCAAUGGCACGACCAGUGGGAAGAAAUCGAAAGCGAAAACAAACGCAAGAGCACAGGUACAGGCACAGGCGGACCCACCAACUUCUGAAUCAACGAUCGACGAGCAACAAGCAGAUAACUCCUUGGACGAGGAAGCUGAGCGAGUACAAGCAGAGGCCGAAGCAGCUGCAGCAUGGGCCGACGUCCGUCGUCGCAAGGACGCCGCUGCUCGAGUCGCACCGUCUGACACCAACGGGCCCUCUGCAAAUGCAACCACAGCAAUUAAACCCGUCGCCUCUGCUCCUUCACUCACAGCAUGGCUAGGAAAAGGACCCUCGGCGGCCUCGUCUGUCGUCGAACUCGCUUCCUCGCUACCCAUGCCCACCACCUGUGCCUCUGCACAGAUUGUCGAUCGAAACUCGCUCUUUAUCGGAUACGUCUACCCUCUCACCACCACCUCGUCCGCCUACAUUUCAACCAUCUUGUCCCACCUCACCCGAGUCGUUCAUCCAAAAGUGCCUGUGAAUUUACUUCCCCCUCAAUUCGCCAAUGCACCAUCCAACAAACGCGGGUCCUCGCACGAUAUGUACGCCUAUCGCGUGCUUGAACUGAAACGUGGUCGAAGCGGCAUUUCUGGGCCUGAUGAUUUUUCGCUUCAAGAAGACAAAGAAGACGAUGGCGAACGAUGGGGUGGAGACCGCGUCCUCAAAGUCGCCAGAGAAGAGGGUGCGUCAGAUGUGCUGGUGGUUGUGAGCAGGUGGUAUGGCGGAGAGCUUCUGGGUCCGGUCCGGUUCGAUCAUAUCGAGAACGCGGCGAGAAACGUCUUGGAAGAGUAUAUGCGCAACGAGGAGGUGGAUGAGUUCCGACAGAGGAUCCAGCAUCUGGAUCGAAAAAUUGGCAAGAUCAAGCACAGCUUGGGCGCGGAGAGUGGGACAGAUGUGCACAACGUGAAUGCCUAUGAAGGCUUGACGGUGGAAAGGGGACAGAGGUUGUGGUUGGCCAGACAGAAGGCGUUGGAGGCUCUGGAGAGAUACGCGGCUGGGAAGGCCAGUCAGCAGCCAGUGUCGCAGACUCAGUCGCAGGAGGAUGGAGCCGAAGCAGUCACACGAGUACAAGCUGACACAAUGGCUGGCACAGCAGCACCGGAGACAGAAAAGCCAUCGCCAGCAGACCUACCACCAACGCUCGUCCCCAACUCAGUGUCACAAGCUACAACAGUAAAACUAGAGCCCAGCACCACCGAUCCGCGCACCGCGUCCACCCUACUGUCACCGCCCAUCAAAGCCGAGUCAGCAGAGCCAACAGAGCCGACUACCCAACCGACCCGCAUCAAGCGCGAGUCCAGCACGUCACCUACCGCGCUCCAUACCGACGCCAUAGAGCCGCAGCACGACAUGUUGCAAGCGGCCAAGCUCGAACAAGACAACGCCGAAGAUCUCACAGCCUGGGAUGACCUCUGCUAA